AUGAGGUCUGUUGGGUCUGGAGAUGGAAGAAUUAACAGGGAACCACGACUUUCUAUCAGAUUAGAGAUCCCUCUGAGCAGAAGAAAAAGACUGGAAGGUGGAAUUUGGGUAAAGGGGAAGAAAAUGAGGGUGACAAUGUAUCACACAGCUCCAUGGAGAGUUCUUUUCUUGCUAAGUCUUAUCGCCGUCAUCUAUUGCCAAAGCUGCAAAUGGCUCCGACCUCAACAAGAGUAUCUGAACAAGAUGAUCCUUCAGAACUUCAAAAUGAUGCAUCAUGUUGAAGCAUCUCAUGAUGAGUGCAUUAACAGCUCCCCAACCCUUCCUAAUACUGAGUCUCUCUUCAACAUAUCACAGGUGGAAGAGGCAGCCAUUGCUGUGCAUGAAUUCACCAACCAAACUAUCUGGUUCUACGGAAAGCAACACGAGAGACUCCAUUGCCAGGAGAACAUCUGGAAGAGACUCCAAGACCUUCUCCAUUAUCUAGGAAGCCAGGUGGCAGACUGUGUUCCAACAAAGGUAGAAAAUCCUACCAUCAAGCAACAAAUAUCAGAAUAUUUUUCCAUACUAGACAAGACCGUCAGUGAGCAGGAUAAUUCAUGCACUCGCAGUUUUGUUCAGUUUAACAUCAAACGGAAUCUACAACUGGCUAUGCAGCUUUCAUCCCGUAUGAGAAGAAGACAUCUCCUGAAUGAAAGUCAUGUAGUCUCAUAA